CCGGCGGCGGCGGCCAUGGAGCCGCGCAGCAUGGAGUACUUCAGCGCCCAGGUGCAGCAGAAGGACGUGGGCGGCCGGCUGCAGGGCGGCCAGGAGCUGCUGCUCUACCUCGCCAGCCCCGGCGCCCUCCCCGACCUGGACGAGGACCCGGGCCGCCUGGGCAAGACCGUGGACGCGCUCACCGGCUGGGUGGGCUCCAGCAACUACCGGGUGUCAUUAAUGGGAUUGGAAAUUCUAAGUGCCUUUGUGGAUAGAUUAUCGACACGAUUUAAAUCCUAUGUAGCAAUGGUUAUUGUAGCUUUAAUAGACAGAAUGGGAGAUGCCAAAGACAAGGUUCGAGAUGAAGCUGUGACUCUGAUAUUGAAGUUGAUGGAUCAAGUAGCAUCACCCAUGUACAUCUGGGAGCAGUUGGCUUCAGGUUUUAAGCACAAGAAUUUUCGGUCACGGGAAGGUGUCUGUCUGUGUAUUGUUGAGACCUUAAACAUUUUCGGGGCUCAGCCGUUAGUUCUCAGCAAGUUGGUACCACAUUUGUGCACCCUUUUUGGAGAUUCCAACAGUCAGGUGAGAGAUGCCGCAGUAUUGGCCAUAGUGGAGAUUUACAGACACGUGGGAGAGAAAGUGAGGGUAGACCUUCAGAGGAGAGGAAUUCCUCCUGCUAGAUUAGAAAUGAUAUUUGCCAAAUUUGAUGAAGUGCAAAAUUCAGGCGGUAUGAUUUUGAGUGUCUGCAAAGAUAAAAGCUUUGAUGAUGAAGAAUCACUGGAUGGAAAUAGGCCGUCAUCAGCUGCUUCAGCCUUCAAGGUUCCUGCACCUAAAACAUCCGGAAAUCCUGUCAACAGUGGGAGGAAGCCUGGUUCAGCAGGUGGCCCCAAGGUUGGAGCAGGUGGUUCUAAGGAAGGAGGCGCUGGAGCAGUUGAUGAAGAUGAUUUUAUAAAAGCCUUUACAGACGUUCCUUCGGUCCAGAUCUAUUCUAGUCGAGAACUUGAAGAAACAUUAAAUAAAAUCAGGGAAAUUUUGUCAGAUGACAAGCAUGAUUGGGAUCAGCGUGCCAAUGCACUUAAGAAGAUUCGGUCAUUGCUCGUGGCUGGAGCUGCGAACUAUGACUGCUUUUUCCAACACCUGCGUUUGCUGGAUGGCGCACUGAAACUUUCAGCUAAGGAUCUCAGAUCCCAGGUGGUUAGGGAAGCUUGUAUUACUGUAGCCCAUCUGUCAACAGUUUUGGGAAACAAGUUUGAUCAUGGCGCCGAGGCCAUUGUGCCCACACUUUUUAAUCUCGUCCCCAAUAGUGCAAAAGUCAUGGCAACUUCUGGAUGUGCAGCGAUCAGAUUCAUCAUUCGGCAUACUCAUGUACCCAGACUCAUACCAUUAAUAACAAGCAAUUGCACAUCAAAAUCCGUUCCUGUGAGGAGGCGCUCCUUUGAGUUCCUAGAUUUGCUGUUACAGGAGUGGCAGACUCACUCAUUGGAAAGACAUGCAGCUGUCUUGGUCGAAACAAUUAAGAAGGGAAUUCAUGAUGCUGAUGCUGAGGCCAGAGUGGAGGCAAGAAAGACAUACAUGGGUCUUAGAAACCACUUUCCUGGUGAAGCUGAGACAUUGUAUAAUUCCCUGGAGCCAUCUUAUCAGAAGAGUCUUCAAACUUACUUAAAGAGUUCUGGCAGCGUGGCAUCUCUUCCUCAGUCAGACAGGUCCUCAUCCAGCUCACAAGAAAGUCUCAAUCGUCCUUUUUCUUCCAAAUGGUCUACAGCAAACCCGUCAACUGUGGCUGGAAGAGUGUCGGCCAGCAGCAGCAAAGCCAGCUCCCUCCCAGGAAGCCUGCAGCGUUCGCGAAGUGACAUUGAUGUGAAUGCCGCUGCUGGUGCCAAGGCACAUCACGCUGCCGGGCAGUCAGUGCGGAGCGGGCGCUUAGGUGCACCAGGCUGCUAUGCGUCUCUAGGCCGGGUGAGAGCCAAGCUUUCAGCACCACUGGCAGGCACGGGAAGUGCCAAGACAGACUCCAGAGGAAGAAGUCGAACGAAGAUGGUGUCCCAGUCACAGCGUUCGUCAUCACCUGACAGAAACGAAGCUGGCAGCCGGUCUGGGUCCCCAGGAAGAGUCCUGACCACGACUGCCCUCUCUACUGUGAGUUCCGGUGUUCAAAGAGUCCUGGUCAAUUCCGCCUCAGCGCAGAAGAGAAGCAAGAUUCCACGGAGCCAGGGCUGCAGCAGAGAGGCUAGUCCGUCUAGGCUCUCAGUGGCCCGAAGCAGCCGUAUUCCUCGACCAAGCGUGAGUCAGGGGUGCAGCCGGGAAGCUAGUCGAGAGAGCAGCAGAGACACAAGUCCUGUGCGCUCUUUUCAGCCCCUCGGUCCAGGGUACGGGAUCAGCCAGUCAAGCCGACUGUCAUCCUCCGUCAGCGCCAUGCGAGUCCUGAACACCGGCUCCGAUGUGGAAGAGGCGGUCGCAGAUGCCCUGAAAAAGCCUGCCCGAAGGAGAUACGAGUCCUACGGGAUGCAUUCAGACGAUGAUGCCAACAGUGACGCGUCCAGCGCUUGCUCAGAGCGCUCCUAUAGUUCUCGGAACGGCAGCAUUCCAACAUACAUGAGGCAGACGGAAGAUGUGGCAGAGGUCCUCAACCGAUGCGCCAGUUCCAACUGGUCAGAAAGGAAAGAAGGCCUUCUGGGUCUGCAGAACUUACUUAAAAAUCAGAGAACGCUAAGUCGAGUUGAGCUGAAAAGACUCUGUGAAAUUUUCACAAGGAUGUUUGCUGAUCCUCACGGCAAGGUGUUCAGCAUGUUUUUGGAGACUCUGGUGGACUUCAUACAAGUCCACAAGGAUGAUCUUCAAGACUGGUUGUUUGUAUUGCUGACGCAGCUACUAAAAAAAAUGGGUGCUGAUUUGCUUGGAUCUGUUCAGGCAAAAGUUCAGAAAGCCCUUGAUGUUACAAGAGAGUCUUUUCCAAAUGAUCUUCAAUUCAAUAUCCUAAUGAGAUUUACAGUUGACCAGACCCAAACACCAAGCCUCAAGACGUUCAAGCCAGCACUUCGGGACCAGCUUCACUCUUUUUGGAGCUCCAAGGUGAAGGUUGCUAUCCUUAAAUACAUAGAAACUCUGGCCAAACAGAUGGACCCAGGAGAUUUUGUAAAUUCCAGUGAAACUCGCCUGGCAGUGUCUCGGGUCAUUACUUGGACAACAGAACCCAAAAGUUCUGAUGUUCGGAAGGCAGCACAGUCAGUGUUGAUUUCCUUAUUUGAACUCAAUACCCCAGAGUUUACGAUGUUGUUAGGAGCUUUACCAAAAACUUUUCAGGAUGGUGCUACCAAGCUUCUUCAUAAUCACCUUCGAAACACAGGCAAUGGGACCCAGGGUUCCAUGGGGAGUCCUCUGACAAGACCAGCGUCACGUUCACCAGCCAAUUGGUCCAGUCCUCUUACUUCUCCUACCAAUACAUCACAAAAUACUUUAUCUCCAAGUGCAUUUGAUUACGACACAGAAAACAUGAACUCUGAGGAUAUUUACAGCUCCCUUCGAGGUGUCACAGAAGCAAUUCAGAAUUUCAGCUUCCGGAGUCAGGAAGAUAUGAAUGAGCCCUUGAAAAGGGAUUCUAAAAAAGAAGAUGGCGAUUCAGUAUGUGGCGGUCCUGGGAUAGCCGACCCAAGAGCAGGAGGUGAUGCUACCGACUCCAGCCAAACGGUUCUUGAUAAUAAAGCUUCCUUGCUCCACUCAAUGCCUGCUCACGCCUCUCCGCGCUCUCGAGACUAUAAUCCAUAUAACUACUCAGAUAGCAUCAGUCCCUUCAACAAGUCUGCCCUCAAGGAAGCCAUGUUUGAUGAUGACGCGGACCAGUUUCCUGAUGAUCUUUCCCUCGACCAUUCUGACCUGGUUGCAGAGUUGUUGAAGGAGCUUUCUAACCAUAAUGAACGGGUGGAGGAAAGAAAGAUUGCCCUCUAUGAACUAAUGAAGCUAACACAGGAAGAAUCGUUCAGUGUUUGGGAUGAACACUUUAAAACCAUAUUGCUGUUACUGCUUGAAACCCUUGGGGAUAAAGAGCCUACGAUCAGGGCUUUGGCACUGAAAGUUUUAAGAGAAAUCCUGAGGCAUCAGCCAGCAAGAUUUAAAAACUAUGCAGAGCUGACAGUCAUGAAGACCUUGGAAGCACAUAAAGACCCCCAUAAAGAGGUGGUGAGAGCUGCUGAGGAAGCUGCGUCAGUGUUGGCCACUUCGAUUAGUCCGGAGCAGUGCAUCAAAGUCCUUUGUCCCAUCAUCCAGACUGCAGACUACCCAAUUAAUCUGGCUGCGAUCAAAAUGCAAACAAAAGUGAUAGAGAGAGUGUCCAAGGAAACCCUUAACCUGCUCUUGCCGGAGAUCAUGCCCGGCCUGAUACAGGGUUAUGAUAAUUCAGAGAGCAGUGUUCGGAAAGCCUGUGUGUUCUGCCUGGUGGCUGUUCAUGCGGUGAUUGGUGAUGAACUAAAACCCCAUCUCAGUCAACUCACUGGCAGUAAAAUGAAGCUCCUGAAUCUCUACAUCAAACGUGCGCAGACAGGCUCCGGGGGCGCUGAUCCCACUACUGAUGUUUCUGGACAGAGUUAGUGAAGCUGACAGAAGUGAACCAGGUCUCUCAAAGAAAGGGCAAAAAGACCACCCUCGUCAAUGAAAGGAAAUUUUCAAAUAUAUCUUUUAGACUUACCAUUGUUUCCCAGUUUUAAUUUUUUGUUUUGUUUUGUAUUUUCUGUAACGGAGGGCUAUCCUCAGUCUGCAUGUAACUUUUAUGAUAGUUAUCCCAAAUCCAAGAUGAAGCAGUAUUAACACCAGUUGGUCAAUACAAAGGAAUUUUUAAUCUAAUUCGUCAUUUUACAUGUCUGUACCUUUUGUCUUCCCAUUAACCUUUGCCAGUGUUACGAUUGUACAAUUUUUUUUUUUCCCAAGUGCUGGUUAAACAGGAAUGCUUAAAGCUUUAAAAGUUUAACAGUCUAAACUUUUUUUUUUUUUUUUGCCUUUAUUCAACUGCAAAAUAAUAUUUUCUUGCUACUCUGCGUUUUGUUCCGUAUCAUGUCCUAUGCUAGAAGUGCUGAAAUGAUGGGAAAACGAACCAGGACUGAUCUGAACUGCAGCUGGACUCUGUUGUGUGUGGUGAUCCAUGUCAUUAGUUCCACCUUCUUUGGGGUGGUCUGUAGUUUGAAAACGAAGACCUCCGAAAGCAACAUAAAGCUGACGCCGUUCGUUGGUUAUUGAGCUAGCCUUUUUAUUUAAAACCAUCUCCCCUCCAUCAUCCCUUCGGUAACUGCACCGGAUCGUCGGCCUCUUUUGGGUUUUGUUUUUUUCCUUGAUACUUAGAAAAAUAGAAGGUUUUAUUGCAAGGUUUUUUGGUUUAUCUUUGUUGUGAAUGAUGCUUUUUUUUUGUAUUUAUUAAUAUCAAAUUCACUUAUGAAUAAACGUGAUAAUGGAAACAGACAAAAAAAAAAAACCCCAGUGCAUAUAUGUCGUUGACAGCCUUCUGUUUCUCCUUUAACAAACAAGCUGAUUCCUGGACACAGGAGUCAACCGCACCGAGUCUUGAAGUGGUGGCACCUGGUUUCCUUUUACCAUGAAAUUGCCCUACUUGAAAACAUCGACCCUGACGAGAGAGAAGAUGGUACCGAGGCUGUCUUUCUGGAACGGGCUCAAAUUCUCUACCUCUUCGGGGCGAAUACUUCUGACUGAGCUGCUGCCUCUCGUGUCUUUUGGAAAACUACUUAGAGGGUGAUUUUUCUGUUAUUUUUUAACAAAAUUUUUUAGUCACCUUUUGCUACACCUAUUCUCUUCACAUGCAGCCAACCUUCAAAAAAUCACACUUUUGGUGAAAGGCAAAUUAGACUGAUUUGGAACCAGGCUACUAAUCAUUUCUCAUCUUGACCUUUUUUUUUUAAUCCUAAGAUAAAGUGAAUUUGACUGGAAAGGCAAAUAGCUGUUAGGGGAGCAAUUUGCUGCUGUCGCAGAGUUAUCAGUACUUUCUUUGUUUAACUGAAAAAAAGUGUAGAAACUGUAUGUAAAGAAUUUAAGAGGAGGACUGAAUGGGUGAUUGAUCGUCGGCUUUUCCCUUCCUUGGUUUCUGUUCCAGCAGCAGGAAGGGUUUCUGAGUUUCCCAUCCCUGACCUGUAACGAGUUUGUUUUCUACUGUUAAUGACAUUGUGUAUUUAUAGUUCCCUGCUGCCUGUUGUGCAUAUACUGGCAAUAAAACUGUACAUAACAUUACUUGAAAAAUGGAUAAUGUAUAUCAGCUGUGUUUUUCUGUCUCACAGUAUGACGAAAAAAAGGUCACUUUCAUAUAACUAGGGGCUUUUGUUGUUGGUCUUGUAUCGAUGGUGUUCGCUCACGAAUUUUAUGAGUACACCCGAGGAGAAAAGAUUUAUCGGGAUAGCAGCAACUCUCAAGUGUACGUAGCGAUGUGAGCCUGUGUAUAUUAAGAGCUUAUCUUAAAGAAGAAAAGACAAUUUAAACCCUGAGCUCUUCUCAGUAGUGUUUUAUGUACCGUGACCUGUGGCGUAGUUUUUAAUCUGUUUAAGUCACAGUAAUGAUUGAUUUAAAACUUAACCUCUCCCUUAAGGCCUGGCUUUAACUGCUGUUGACAACUAAGUAGAGUGAUGUUAGCUGACAGGGACUCUUUUUAAUCAUUGAAAAAUUAGAUCAAGCGCCUGGCAUCUAAAGGGAGGCACUCGAGAAAUGAAUGUACUGAGUAACAGAAAAGUAUGGUUUAACGUGACUAAGUGAGAACUAAUAUAUAAGAACAUGAAAAAAGAAUUCUUGUUUAAAAUUCUAUAAUUUCAGUUGAUGAGACCGUAAGAAAGUUGUUAUUGAUGAUUCAAACCACUAUAUGCAGUAUACCUUUAACUUGUUCGUUCCAGAAACGUACUGAGAUGUGAGCUAUUAAAGAAUGGUCAUAAAAAGCGACUGUUGAAAUUUUCUCCUCCUACUCUUCUCCCCUAAUUGCCACUGUCAUUCGUUUAGUGCGCUGCUCAAGGUUAAUUAAAAGCAUCUAAGUCCGGAUUCUAAGACACGCUCGCCUCCUCUGGGUUUGCAAAGUCUGUAAUAGACCUCCGACAUUUUAAAGUAGGAUUUGGCUUGAACUUGAGGCUUCAAAUUUGAAGUUGAUUCACUGUGUUUCUUCAUAUUUUAUUCUUACAAACUUAAGGUUAAAAUUGCUUUUUUCCAUCAAGCUCUGUCUUGUGGUAAAAGACUCGCACCUUACCAUCAGACCAGCUCUGUCUGUAAAUUCAGGUAUAUCUUGUGAGGGUUAAUUUAGAAUAAAUUUACAGUACACAGAAAUGAGAAUUAGCAUAUUAUGCAAUAAUACAUGAGUUUUUACUUAAUCUUGAAUAUCUUUGCAUUGUUUUCAGUUCAUUUUAUUGUAGUUCAUUAGUACUGUUUUGCAGCUAUGAAAAAGAAAGGUCUAGAACUCAGCUGUAAAAACAAAACUUUCAGUUAAGAAUGUAUGGAUCUUUAUUGUAGGAUAUUUGGAAAAUAAUGAAAAGCCAAGUAGAAAAACAAAAUAACCUCUGAUAUCACCACUUGGAGAUAAUUUGUGUUGAUAUUUUUGGGGUACUAAUGCAAUGAAUUGACUUAAUACUGAAAACUGUAGAGACAUUAAGUUUUGUUAACCAGAAGAGUGUUAGGAUUAGAAUUAGCGAACAUUCUGAGUGCUUCUGUUUUCUGCACGUACUGAACAGUACAUUUUUAAUAUGUUAAUCCUUUGUCCUUCUACAAGGUGACUUCUAAAGGCAGCAAAGUGUUCAUCAUAUGCUAGCACAUAAUGCUGGAUGGUUGAUCUUCACUGAAUAUUCUUAGAACAGACACCUACGUCUUUGCCACAUCUCCAGUUAUUUCAUACUAGACAACUUGAAACUGCUAAAUAUAGAAAGCCACACUUAUUUGAAGAUACACUGAAUAGCUGGGUUGAAAUUGUAAUUGCAAUCUAAAAUAGAACAAGAAAAUCAGACAAGAUUUCUUGACAUGUACUAGAUUUUCAGUUUUUCAAGCCUGCCUGCAUUCAUCCAUUAACGGGCAUGAGUACCUGCCUUCAAGGGGCAAAGUAAAGCACGUAACUAACACAAUGUGGUUGGCGAUUGGUGGAAACGCUGGGUGCUUUGAUGGAAGCUAGGGGCGGAGGGAAUCAUGGAAGGCUGCCUGGGAGAGACGAUGCUUAAACGUCACCAACGGGCUGAAUGUGUGCUAGAUGCAUCGGGAGUCAGAGAGUGGGUUAGAGAGUGGGGAGGUCAGAGCGAAGUGAAAGUGGCAAAGCAGAGAAGCUUAAAAUGGCAAGAAACAUGGGGGCAUUUCACUGAGACUUUAAACCAUAGCUGCUUUUUCUAAGGGUAAAGGUCACACUCUUCCCCUCUCCCUUAAAAGUGCCAACAACAAAAAAAAAUGAAUCAUCUGUGGACCCUCAUGACCAAGAAAACUUGGAUAGGGCUUUUCCCGUAGUUGGUAUUUCAAAAAUGUUUUCUUGACAUAAAAUUAUACUAGUCAGUGUGCUUUUUCACACGGAACAUGUCCCUUUGUGUCUCCCCAGCUGGCCACUGUUACACAGCUUGGUUUGGCAGAAAUAUAGGAUACCGGUGGGGGAAUGACCCAAGGUGGAGUGAUAGAUGUCCUAAGAUAGAUCCUAAGGUGAAGGAUUCACCGAAGACUUAAGCAGAAAAAUAACGUGAUUAGAACUGACAUCAUGAACACUUCAAUUUUACAGAAUCUAAGCGUUAGAAGUGAGGUAUUUGCAGGUCACGAUGGUUUAUAACACUGCAGGCCUCUCUCCUAACUUACUGCUGAUGUCCUUUAUUCUCUUAUUAAAUACUUGAGCACCUGCUAGGCGUCAGACACCCCUAAAAUCUGUAUGCUCCGAAUACGUAGUUGUGGACCUGGUAACGGAAGAGAUGCGUUAACGUGCCCUCAAAAAUAGGAGUGGUGCAGGAGGGGCAGGCCUGUAACUUGGGGUAGAACAGCACCCAGUGGCGCCGCUCCCGGCACAUCGUCCUGAGCAGCAGGCCUCCUACAGCCCGGAUCUCCCGCUGUUCAUUCAAUGUUGGUACCAGACCCUCAGGGCAGCAACUCGCCCCUGAAGAAGGGCAGAUCUGUUUUUUUUAAUUAAAAGCGAGUGCAAAAAGACAUUGUGUGACCAUCAGUUUUGCUGGUUUUAUUUUUAGCCAAGUUGAGGUUAGAGUAGAAAGUAAGAAUCGGGGUUGGCUUACUUCAACAAAGCGAGAAACCUGCUUUUCUCCAUCCUCUUAAAGCAGUGGUUCUCGGGGGGGGGGGCUGAUUUUGCCCCCAGAAGACAUUUGUCAAUAUCUGGAGAUGUUUUUGGUUGUCACAGCUGACUGGCUUCUAGUGGGUAAAAGCUAGGGAUGCUGCUAAAUGUCCUACGAUACCCAGGAUGGCCCCCAAAACAGUUAUCCAACUGAAAAUGUUAACAGUGCUCAGUGAGAACCUUGUCCUAAAGCAAACGGGUUGCCGCAGACAGACUCAUUAUUCUCUUCAUUCCAAUCCUAUAAGGCAGGUAUUAUUAUCAUCACCAUACCCAAUUUACAGAAGAAGAAACUGAGGCUUAGAGAGGUUAAUUGAUUUGCCCAAAGGCAUGGAGCCUGGAAGCUUUGUAACCAGGUUUUAAAUCCAGACUGUUUGAAAGCACAGCCAGAAAACUUAAUCACUGUGCCCUAGUUAUUCUACAUGAACAUUUUAAGGUCCUUACCCACUUUGUCAACACUGGUGCUCUUUAACAUACCCCCUCAAAAAAUAGCAUUUCAAAAUGGCUCUUGAGGUCUUUUGAAGAACUAGUGUAUAAAAGUAUUGAGUUUCUAAAAACACACACAUCUAAGCUAGGAACGACUCACAAUAAGUAAGAAUAAUAUUCCAGAGGACGCAGUUUAUGUAUCUCCUCCUGUACCGGAAGCAUUGAUAAAACGAGGCCUCAUAGUUCAAUGCAAACAUCUGCCUUAAGGGACCUAAGAGCCCAAAGUGGGGCUGGGCAGGACAGUGGAAGCUGUGUGGUUGCAGCUUUUCGCCUCCCGUUCCAGACGCUCCAGCUGCACCUUCUCGCUGAGACUGCCCACACUUCAGAUUAUGUCAUCCUUCCCCAACUAUCCUUCCCCUCUGCUUGCCUGUCUUCCAGGCUGGAUGGUGAAGGAGGUCUCAGGAAGACACCAGACAACAGCCCUAAGGAGAAGUAGCAAGUCCACAUUGGAAUGCAGGCAUACCAGGCUCUGAAAGACUUGAUGAGUGAAUGUAUCGAGAGGGGAUUUUCUCAGCUUUGGGGAACAUACCUUGACAAUUAAGCAAAUGAAAAGCCAAAUACAGGACUGGACAAUGUUAUAAAAGAAUUCUCGGAUCAAGUAGACACUUGAGACUAUGUUGGCAUCUCCCAUCUGGAGGGAAGAUGAGAGAGCAGAGGGGGUCAGAAGCUGGUGGAAUGAAUACGAAGAGAGUGGAGGGAAGGAGCUGGCUGUCUCAUUAGGGGUAGUGCAAUUAGGAGUAUAUAGCAAGGGGUAUAUAAAUUUUUGUAUGAGAGACUGGUAAACUCGCUUAAAGCACCAUAAAAAUUUAAAAAGAAAAAAAAAGCCAAAUGUCAUACUAUAUCCUCAGCUGUAAUAUUUAAAUAUACAAAAAAAACCAAACCCACUGCUGUUGAUUCCGACUCAUAGUGACCCUAUAGGACAGAGUAGAACCGCCCCAUAGGGUUUUCAAGGAGUGGCUGGUGGAUUCGAACUGCCCACCUUUUUGUUAGCAGCCUGAGCUCUUAGCCACUAUGCCACCAGGGCUUCAUUUAAACAUGCGUAAUGUUAAUAAUCCAUAGCGACCCUACAGGACAGAGCAGAACGGCCCCGUAGAGUUUCCAAGGAGCGCCUGGUGACCCGAUGGCACUGGGUUUUUGGGUUAAUGUUAAUAAUGAAAGUUGACUUAAUCAAAAAGACACUAUAUUUAUGAUGAGGCAGGAGAUGUAUAAAGAGUUGAAUUCUCAACUUUCAUUGUAAACACAAGUCAGUAGAUACUGUCUAAAACUCAAUACCGGAAGAAGUCGCUAGGGGCUGAAAGUGACUCUUUUUGGAGAGUAGCAAUCUCAGGAGAAAGGAGUUUGGGCCAGGGGACUAAUAUUCUGACAAUAAGCCUAGUAGCAUUAGUGGAUGUUCUAAACUAUGUACUUUUGCCACUUCGAUUUUCUUAAAAAAAUGAAUUUCACCAGUGCUUCCAGAUGUGUACUAUUCAUGGUGGCAAAAACGAGAACCCCCGCCCCCAAAAAAAAAAAAAAAAGAAUGCAGGUGUGCAAGAAUCUCUUCCCUCAAGGAACUUAACAUUCUAGCCGGAGAGACAGACAGACAAGAUAAAUAAGAAAAAUGCGGCAUAUGUGACAUAGCAGUGGGGACUAAGGAGAGAAAGAUCAGGGAGUUUUUGGAAUUAAUAGUUGGAAUAUACGGCCUUGGUGAUAGAAAUGAUGCCGGAGAUUGCAUGAUAGAAUUUCGCAAGACUAAGGACUUCUUCAUUGCAAAUACCUUUUUGCAACAAUAUGAACAGUGACUAUAGGGUCGCUAUGAGUCGGAAUUGACUCAACGGCACUGGGUUUGGUUUUUUUUUUGGAUACACAUGGACCUGGCCAGAGGGAAUACACAGGAAUCAAAUCGACCACAUCUGUGGAAAGAGACAAUAGAAAAGCUCAAUAUCAUCAGUCAGAACAAGGCCAGGGGUCGACUGCAGAACAGACCAUCAAUUGCUCAUAUGCAAGUUCAAGUUGAAGAAAAUUAGAGCACGUCCAUGAGAACUGAAGUAUGACCUUGAGUAUAUCCCACCUGAAUUUAGAGACCAUUUCAAGAGUAGAUUUGACACAUUGAACACUAGUGACCAAAGACAAGUUGUGAAACGACAUCAAGGACAUCAUACAUGCAGAAAUCGAGAAGUAAUUAAAAAGACAGGAAAGAAAGAAGGCCAAAAUGGAUGUCAGAAGAGAUUCUGAAAGUUGCUGUUAAAUGCAGAGUAGCUAAAGCAAAAGGGAAGAAAUGAUGAAGUUCAAGAGCUGAACAGAAGAUUUCAAAGGGCGGUUCAAGAAGACAAAGUAAAGUGUUAUGGUAAAAUGCACAAAGACCUGGAGAUAGAAAACCAAAAGGAAAGAACACGCUGGGCAUUUCUCAAGCUGAAAGAACUGAAGGAAAAAUUCAAGCCUCCAGUUGCAAUAUUGAAGGAUUCUAUGGGGAAAAUAUUAACACAAGAAGCAUCAAAAGAAGAAGGAAGGAAUACACAGGGUCAUUGUACCAAAGAAUUGAUUGACGUUCAACCGUUUCAGAAGGUAGCAUAUGAUCAAGAACUAAUGUAAUGGUACUGAAGGAAGAAGUCCAAGCUGCACUGAAGGCAUUUGCAAAAAACAAGGCUCCGGGAAUUGAUGAGAUGUUUCAAAAAACAGAUGCAGUGCUGGAGGUGCUCACUCGUCUUGGUCAUCUAGUGCUGCUAUAACAGAAAUACCACAAGUGGAUGGCUUCAACAAACAGAAGUUUAUUCUCUCACAAUCUAGUUGGCCAGAAGUCCAAAUUCAGGACUUCAACUCCAGGUAAAGGCUGUCUCUGUUGGCUCUGGAGGGAGGUCCAUGUUAUCAAUCUUCCCCUGGACUAGGAGCUUCUCAGUACAGGGACCCCGGGUCUAAAGGACGCACUAUUCUCCAGACUUCUGUCUUUUAUAUCUCAAAAGAGAUAAAUUUAUGACACAAUCUAGUAGAUUGAGUCCUGCCUCAUCAACAUAACUGCUGCUAAUCCCAUCUCAUUAACAUCUUAGAGAUAGGAUUUACAACACACAGGAAAAUCACAUCAGAUAACGAAGUGGUUGACAAGCACACAGUACUGGGAAUUGUGGCCUAGCCAAGUUGACAGGUAUUUUGAGGGGACACAAUUCAAUCCAUGACACUUGCCUAUGCCAAUGAAUUUGGAAGAAGGCCACCUGGCCAACCAACUGGAAGAGAUCCAUAUUUGUACCCACUCCAAAGAAAGGUGAUCCAACAGAGUGCAAAAACUAUUGAACAAUAUCAUUAGUAUCACACACAAGUAAAAUUUUGCUGAAGAUCAUUGAAAAGUGGCUGUAGCAGUAUAUCAACAUGGAACUGCCAGAAAUUCAAGCUGGAUGCAGCAGAGGACAUGGAACAAGGGAUGUCAUUGCUGAUGUCAGAUGAAUUCUGGCUGAAAGCAGAGAAUACCAGAAAGAUGUUUACCUGUGCUUUAUUGACUAUGCAAAGGUAUUCAACUGUGUGGAUCAUAACAAAUUAUGGACAACAUUGUGAAGAAUGGGAAUUCCAGAACACUUAAUUGUGCUCAUGGGGAACUGUACUUAAACCAAGAAGCAGUCGUUCGAACAGAACAAGGAGACAUUGUGUGUUUUAAAGUCAAGAAAAGUGUGCAUCAGGGUUGUAUCCUUUCACCAUACUUAUUCAAUCUGUAUGCUGAGCAAAUAAUCCGAGAAGCUGGACUUUAUGAAGAAGAACACAGCAUCGAGAUUGGAGGAAGACUCAUUAACAACCUGCGAUAUACAGAUAACACACCCUUGCUUGCUGAAAGCAAAGAGGACUUGAAGCACUUACUGAUGAAGAUCAAAAACCACAGCCUUCAGUAUGGAUUACGCCUCAACAUAAAGAAAACAAAAAUCCUCACAACUGGACCAAUGAGCAACAUCAUGAUAAGUGGAGAACGUAUUCAAGAUGUCAAGAAUUUCAUUUUACUUGGAUCCACAAUCAACGCUCAUGGAAGAAGCAGUCAAGAAACCAAAUGAUGCAUUGCAUUGGGCAAAUCUACUGUAAGUAUGUCUUUAAAGUGUUAAAGAGCAAAGAUGUCACUUUAAGGACUGCGGUGCAUCUGACCCAAGCCUUGGUGUUUUCAUUCACUUCGUAUGCAUGUGAAAGUUGGACAAUGAGUAAGGAAGACUGAAGAAGAAAUGCCUUUGAAUUGUGGUGGUGAAGAAUACUGAAUAUACCGUGGACUGCCAGAAAAACGAACAAAUUUUCUUGGAAGUAUAGCCAGUAUGCUCCUUAGAAAUGCGGAUAUCCAGACUUUACCUCACAUACUUUUGACAUGUUAUCAGGAGGGCCUGUCCCUGCAGAAGGACAUCAUGCUUGGUAAAGUAGAAGGUCAGUGAAAAAAAGGAAGACCCUCAAUGAGAUGGAUUGACACAGUGGCUGCAACAAUGGGCCCAAGCAUAACAACGAUUGUGAGGAUGGCACAGGACCAGGCAGUGUUUUCUUCUGUUGUACACAGGGGCGCUAAGAGUUGGAAGCUACUCGAUGGCACCUAACAACAACAACAACGACACCCAAAGCAAAAUGCAGAUUCAAUGGAAUUCAUAUCAAAAUCCCAAUGGUAUUUUUUGAAGAAAUGGAAAAAUUCAUCCUAAAUUUCAUAGAAAUUGUAAUGGGCCUGAAUAGGUUAAACCAUCUGGAAAAAGAAUAAAGUUGGAGGACUCACACUUCCUGAUAUCAAAACUUUAUGCAAUGCUAUAGUACUCAUAACAGUGUGAUACUGGCGUAAGGAUAGAGAUGUAACCCAUAGAAUAGAAUUGAGAGUUCAGAAAUAAACCCUCACAUUUAUGCUCAACUGAUUUUUCACAAAGGUGCUAAGAACAUUCAAUGGAGAAAGAACAGUCUCUUCGACAAACGGUUCAGGGAAAACCGGAUAUCCACAUGCAAAAGAAUGAAAUUGGGCCCUUACCUCAUACCAUAAAACAAAACCAAAACCAAAAAUGGAUCAAGGACCUAAAUUUAAAGCUAUAAAAUUUUUAGAAGAAAACACAGGGGCAAAUCUUUAUGACCCUGAAUUUGGCAGUGGUUUCUUAAAUGUGACCUCAAAAGCAUGCGCAAUAAAAGAAAAACUAAAUUGGACUCCAAAUUUUAAAAGCUCGUGUUUCGAAGGACACUAGCGAGUGAAAAGGCACCUCACAGGAUGUGACAAAAUAUUUACAAAUCAUACAUCUUAUAAAGUUUUAACAUCUAAAAUAUUAUCAAAGAACUCAACAACUCAACUACAAACAACCCGAUGAAAAAAUAAGCAAAGGACUUGAAUUCCUCCAAAGAAAACAUACAAAUGACCACCAAACCACAUUAAAUACCAUUUCAUGCUCUCUAUGAUGGCUAUUAUUUAAAAAGAAAAAAAAAGGAAACUGACAAGUGCUGGAGAGGAUAUGAAGAAACUGGAGCCCUUAGACAUUGCUGGUGGGAGAAUGUAAAAUGAUGCGGUCGGUGUGGAAAACAGUUUGGCACUUCCUCCCAAAGUGACACAGAAGUACCACGUGACCCAGCAAUUCUGCUCCUAGGUAUAUACUCCAAACCAUUGAAAACAGAGACUCCAACAGGUAUUUGUACAUCAGUGUUAACAGCAGCAUCAUCCACAAUAGCCGAAAGGUAGAAACGACACAAGUAUCCGUGAACAGAUGAACGGAUAAACAAAAUAUGGUGUAUGUG